AUGGACACACUCAACAAGCUCAAACAGUUUGACGCCUAUCCCAAGACUCUGGAGGAUUUUCGGGUGAAGACUUGGGGCGGCGCGACCGUGACAAUCAUCAGUGGCAUUAUCAUGUUAAUCCUCUUCAUUUCUGAGCUGCAGUAUUAUCUCACCAAAGAGGUGCAUCCCGAACUGUACGUGGACACGUCCCGAGGAGACAAGUUGAAGAUCAACCUUGACGUGGUUUUCCCUCACAUGCCCUGCGCCUAUCUCAGCAUCGACGCCAUGGAUGUGGCCGGUGAGCAGCAGCUGGACGUGGAGCACAACCUCUUCAAGCAGCGGCUGGACAAAGACCUCCAAGCUGUCACGAAGGAGGCAGAGAAACAUGAACUCGGAAAAGCUGACAAUGGCCAAGCGUUUGACCCCGGCACGCUAGACCCGGAUCGGUGCGAGAGCUGCUACGGCGCCGAGACGGAGGAACUCAAAUGCUGCAAUAACUGCGACGACGUGCGUGAGGCGUACCGGCGCCGAGGCUGGGCCUUCAAGAAUGCCGACACCAUUGAGCAGUGCAAGCGAGAAGGCUUCACGCAGAAGAUGCAAGAGCAGAAGAACGAAGGCUGCCAAGUGUACGGCAUUCUGGAGGUCAACAAGGUAGCGGGAAACUUCCACUUUGCUCCGGGAAAAAGUUUCCAGCAGUCGCACGUGCACGUGCAUUCUGUGGAAAUUCAUGACCUGCAGAGUUUCGGCUUGGAUAACAUCAACAUGACCCAUUGGAUCAAACACCUCUCGUUCGGGAAAGAUUAUCCCGGCAUCGUGAACCCGCUGGAUGGCACGGAAGUGACGGCGCCACAAGCCUCAAUGAUGUACCAGUAUUUUGUCAAAAUUGUCCCCACCAUUUACCUGAAAACUGACGGAGAGGUUGUAAAAACCAACCAGUUUUCAGUCACCAGGCACGAAAAGGUGGCCAAUGGCUUGGUGGGUGACCAGGGCCUACCCGGGGUUUUUGUUUUAUACGAGCUCUCGCCCAUGAUGGUGAAAUUCACAGAGAAACACAGAUCUUUCACUCACUUCCUGACCGGAGUGUGCGCCAUCAUCGGGGGCGUCUUCACAGUUGCCGGCCUCAUUGACUCUCUCAUCUACCACUCGGCGCGUGUCAUUCAGAAGAAGAUAGAACUGGGGAAGGCCUCCUAACAACAGCGCCUCCCGCCGGUCGGUCUCCCUGUGGCCCCCCGAGCAUGACGCACGGGGGUCGAGAGGCAGGCAGAGGACCGAGCAUCUUUGCGUCGUCCUGUCAGACAGACGGACAGACGAACGGAGAGGCAGGGAAGGACGUUGGAACAUCAGCCGGGUCUCCCUUUUUGUUGGUUUUCUACGAGCGCUAGGCCUCCCCCUGCUGGCUCAACACCGCUGGAACAGUCAAACUGUCAGUCAGAUGAGCAGGAGGGUGUGCCAUGCCAUCCCACCUGUGCGUUGUCAUGGAAACAACAGCAUGGCUACGGCUAUGCUCCUUGAUGUCAUUUCAUCUUGGUCCCUAACCCCAAGUCAAACUCCCUCGUUUAUGUUGGUCUUGCUUCCUUUUAAUGAGGUCCUUCCUCUUCUUUGCACAUCUUAUGUGUCCACUGGAUAGAUACACUAAUUGGGUCGCUUAAUUGAGUUUCUUGCCUUGUUCUUGUCUUUUGUUUAGGCCCCUUAUUUUUGUCUCUCUUUUUUUUCUCAUUUAUAAUUGUUUGCAUCUUUUUCCUCUGUGCCUUGUUUGCAUUCUAUAUGUAGGCCCCCCUUGCCCUCUUGGACCAGGUCUCUUGUUUUUGUCUUGUUUUUGCUUCCUAUCUUGUGGCUAGGUUCUAAGUUUUGUCCUUUUACCCUGUCCUUUUGUUUGCAUCCUUUGAGGGGGUUAUUUGUCUUUUUGUCCUCCGUUGCUGUUUUGUUUUUUGCCUUCAUGGAAAGUCAGUUUCCCCCAUGACGUUUAAAUGGUCAUGUCAAUAUUUACUUUGUCAUCUCAACAUGCGAGCGUGUGUGGCUUGAGAUCACAAAGUAAAUUGCAGAUGAUUAGAUUUCCUUCUAAUGGCCACACAGUAUCACAGCAAGCGUGAAAGGGAAAGUUUGAAUCAUAGGUGAAUAAUCAGGCAAGUAAGCAAAUGAUGUUGAUCAAUGAUCCGGGCAAAGAGCUGCCUCCCUUUCUAUUUGGAGUUGUCGCUGCCCGAGUUUCGUCUCCAUAAAGCCGAGGCAG